GGAGCUUGGCUAACUUUGGUAGGUGGGAAUAAAUACUCACCCAGAGUGGUCACCUGAAGAUGUCUGACAAUGCAGAGUCCCCGACAGAAACACCGAAAGAGGAAUCACAGCCUCCGUCGGACGACUCUUCGACGAAUGAAGAGAAGAAGAAAAUCGAUGUGUUGCUGAAGGCAGUCGGAGACACUCCUAUAAUGAAAACAAAGAAGUGGGCAGUGGACAGGGGGAGGACAGUACAGUCCCUGUCUCAAUUCAUCUCUCGCUUCCUUAAACUUGAUGCCAAUGAACAACUGUUUAUUUAUGUAAACCAGUCUUUUGCCCCUUCACCAGAUCAAGAUGUAGGGGUCCUUUUUGAUUGUUUCGGCAGUGAUGGCAAACUGGUUCUACAUUACUGUAAAUCUCAAGCUUGGGGUUAAACUGCUUGACUUUCUUCUGAUGCUCCAUUUUUGACCACCUCUCUUUUCUUGAAAUGAUCCUCCAAACAUGCACAUAAUGUUUGUUUUUGCCAUUUUCUGAUUCUCUGUACAUACAUGUUGUAAAUAAAUUAUUGUGACUAUGCAAA